ACACAUCUCGGGCAGACAUGGGUAACUGGGUGGAGAAUGAAGGACUGUCCAUCUUCGUCGUUCUUGUGUGGCUGGGGUUAAACGUCUUCCUCUUUUGGUGGUACUAUCUUGUGUAUGAUGUCCCACCAAAAUUCUUCUACACGAGAAUCCUCCUUGGUCGUGCCUUGGCUCUUGCAAGGGCCCCUGCAGCUUGCCUGAAUUUCAAUUGCAUGCUGAUCCUGCUGCCAGUGUGUCGAAACUUGCUCUCCUUCCUCAGAGGAUCAAGUGCGUGCUGCUCUACCCGUAUCAGACGACAGCUGGACAGGAACCUCACCUUUCACAAGAUGGUGGCAUGGAUGAUUGCCCUCCAUACUGCAAUUCACACCAUUGCACACUUAUUCAACGUGGAGUGGAGCGUGCAGGCCCGUGUUGAAGAGAAGGGGACUCUGGCAGCUGUGCUUUCUAGCCUUGGUGAUAAACCAGGUGAAAGCUAUGUCAACUUCUUCAGACAAACUAUUGGGAAUCCUGUGGGGGGCCUGUAUGUGGCCUUCACGUACUUGGCUGGUCUCACUGGUGUUAUCAUCACUCUGGCCCUCAUACUGAUCAUCACAUCAUCCACCAAAACCAUCCGAAGGUCGUAUUUCGAGGUAUUUUGGUACACCCACCAUCUCUUUGUCAUCUUCUUCAUAGGCCUUGUCAUCCAUGGUGCUGGGCGUAUCGUACGGGGGCAGACAGCUGAGAGUCUGGCUGAACAUAACCCAGAGAUUUGCUACAAGAACUUCACUCUCUGGGGGAAGAAGGGAGCUUGCCCAAUCCCCCAGUUUGCAGGGAAUCCUCCUAUGACAUGGAAGUGGGUGGUAGGUCCCAUGUUCCUGUACCUGUGUGAGCGGUUGGUGCGGUUUUGGAGGUCACAGCAGAAGGUUGUUAUCACAAAGGUAGUCAUUCAUCCCUUCAAGACAAUUGAACUCCAGAUGAUGAAAAAGGGCUUCAAGAUGGAGGUUGGACAGUACAUUUUUGUCAAGUGUCCAGCAGUGUCUAAGCUGGAAUGGCACCCAUUUACACUAACCUCUGCUCCAGAAGAAGAUUACUUCAGCAUUCAUGUCCGUAUUGUAGGAGACUGGACAGAGGGCUUGUUCAAUGCCUGUGGAUGUGACAAACAAGAAUUCCAGGAGGCAUGGAAGAUGCCUAAGGUAGCUGUGGAUGGCCCCUUUGGAACAGCAAGUGAGGAUGUAUUCAGUUAUGAAACUGUUAUGCUUGUUGGAGCUGGAAUAGGUGUCACCCCCUUUGCAUCUGUACUCAAGUCUGUCUGGUACAAAUACUGCCAUGAUGCGACCAACCUGAAACUCAAGAAGAUUUAUUUUUACUGGCUUUGCAGAGACACUCAUGCCUUUGAAUGGUUUGCUGACCUCUUGCAGUCUCUGGAGGCUCAAAUGCAGGAGAGGAAUAAUGCAGAGUUUCUCAGCUAUAACAUCUACCUUACAGGCUGGGAUGAAUCUCAGGCCACUCACUUCAUAGUGCACCAUGAAGAAGAGAAAGAUGUGAUUACAGGACUGAAACAGAAAACCUUGUAUGGAAGACCUAACUGGGAAAAUGAGUUCAAAACGAUUGCAGGGAAUCAUCCUGGCUCCAGAAUAGGAGUUUUUCUCUGUGGACCAGAGGGCCUAGCUGACACACUCAGCAAGCAGAGCAUCAGCAACUCAGAAGCUGACCCACGAGGAGUACACUUCAUUUUUAACAAAGAAAAUUUCUAAUUCCCAGGCAUAUGAGAGUUUUUCAAUACAGAGUCUAGAGUCUGGAUCUGUUUUUCUGUUUGGAGUCUGGGAGGGACAGCCCAGCUUCUAAUUUCAGCUACACUGACGCAAAUCCCUUUGCUUCUUCAGAAAUAUUUCGGCGUUGAGGUACAGUAAAAGAGUCAA